AUGGGAAAUAAUUCUUGCAUAGAUUGUUCUAGAAGAAAUAAACUUAAGGAAAUAAACAAUGAAAUAUUUGAAGGAAUCUUAGAAUAGGAGUGUUUACUUUGGGAUAUUUUUUAAAACAGAUUUCGAAGGACUAAGUUCUUUGUGACAAAACCUAAGAAUAAUAAAAUUUCUUAUAUAUCUGAUAAUGGAUCAAUUAUGCGGAUGUAAUCAUUCAUUUAAUACGAAAAUUAGUGAGCAAAUUAGAGACCAAUAACUUUAAUAAAGUGAGAUUCUCACAAAUAUAGAACAAAUUAAAUUCCUUAAAUGGAUAGGUCAAUAUGGAAAUAAUUAAUAAAAAAUUGGAAGGUGGAAAGCAUUUUGGCAAGGUGAAUCUUUAAUUGGCAUUGGAGGAAUAUACUCAGAAGAUGGAUAAAAAUAAGGAUAAUGGAAUCUAUUAUUCUAAAAUUACACCAAGUAAACAUAAUUUUUAUUUAAAAAGGGAAUUUUAAGUGUGUGAAAGUGGAGAAUAUUUAAAUGAUUAGAAAAUUAAAUUAUGGAAAUAUACUCUUGGAAAUGAAGAAAUGUUAUUUUUAACUAAUAUAUUAGUGGAGGUGGAUUAUAUGACAAUUAAGGAAAGUAAGGAUAAUGGAUUGAAUUGGCCAAUAAUUUUUAAGUGUAAAUAAGAAAAAAUUUAAUGAUUAGUCACAGUUAAAUCACUUUAAUUGGUGAAUAUAAAAAUGGAAAGAAAGUAGGCAGAUGGGAUACCUAUCACCGGAUGAAAAAUCAACAAUAAUUUUAACUAAUGUACAAUACUAUAUGAAUAAUUUUUUUCUAUUUUAGUGGUGGCGGAACUUAUGAUAUUUAAGAAGGAAGUAAUUCUUUUAAAAUAGGAAUAUGGAAAGAGCCUAGUGAGGGAUUUCAUAGGUAUGUUUUUCAUUUAAAUUAAAUAUUUUAGUCGGAAUAAAGUCAUGUACGAAGGAUAAUAUAAAAAUGGUAUCAAAGUGGGAAGAUGGGAAAUUUAAAUGAUUCAAGAUACUGGAAUGAUGAUGAAAAUGUAAGUAUAUUUCUUUUAAUUUUUUUUUCUCAAAUAAGUGGUGGUGGAGAAUAUGAUGAUAAGUAAGAAGCCAAUAAUCAUCUUAGUAUGAAAUAGGGUAAAUGGCUUGAGUUGAAUGAUUUGCUUCAAAUGUACAUUAAAUUAUUAUGAUUAGUUCGAGUCAAGUCAUUUAUUAAGGUGAAUAUAAAAAUGGUUUAAAAAUUGGUAGAUGGGAAAUCUACUGGAAGGAUGAUGAUGAUGGUUCUUUUAAUUUGAUGUAAAUAUUAUGAUUAACAUUUAUUUUUUAUAAAAUAGUGCUGGUGGAUUGUAUAAACCAAAGUUAGAUGAUUAAUUUUCUGGUGAUAUUAAAUAAGGCAGAUGGGUUGAAUUAAGUGAGGGAUUUAGGAAGUAUUUUUGAUUUAUUCUUAAUUUUAAUUAGUUCAAGUUAAAUCACUUGGAAGGGUGUUUAUCAGAAUAAUAAUAAAGUUGGUAGAUGGGAUAUAAGUUUUCAAUGGGAAAAUUAGUAAAUUAUAAAUUUUAAAUCUUUAUUAGUGGAGGAGGAUCUUAUAAUGAAGUUGAUGCUGAGUUGAUAGUCAAAGUUGGAAAAUGGUUUGAAUUAAGUGAUUAGUUUUCUAAGUUUUAAAUAUUGUCUAUUCUCUAAUUGCUAGAAAACAUUUAGUCGUUCAUAAAGGAGCAUAUAAAAACGGUAAAAAAGUUGGUAGAUGGAAUGCUUUUUGGAGUUCAUAAAUGAUGUAGAAUUAUAUUAUAAAAAUAUUUUUACAAGU